CCCAACGUUAACUUUUUCUGCUGACUUUGUACUCCUUGCCCUGUAAGACAAAUAUUUUGGAAAAUAAAAGAAAAAGUUUAUGUCUUUUUGAACAUUUUACAAUUGUACUGGAAAAUAUUUAACAAUAUUCACAAUGAGUGGUGCCCAUCGUGAAGCUGUGCAAAAACAAAUUCAUCAGGAUUGGGCCAAUCGUGAAUACAUCGAAGUGAUUACGGCCAGUAUUAAACGUAUCACGGAUUUCCUGAAUUCAUUUGAUAUGUCUUGCCGUUCACGCCUAGCUGUUCUCAACGAAAAACUGACCACUUUGGAGCGACGCAUCGAUUAUCUGGAAGCCUGUGUAACCACAGGCGAAACAUUAACAUAAAUUGUGUGUGGUCGCAGGACGGGGUGGGAGGAGAGCCAACAACAAUAACAAGUAUUGAAUGUGGAAGCGACGGGCGGUAAUGAUGUGUGGUGAAGCAACGUCAUGGAUGAAAUCAUUUGUGUCUUCUUCGAAAGUACAUCUCCUUUUUUGCGCAUUUCACUAAUGCAUAAGUAUAAAUUUAUAUUCUAAUUUUCUUUUAAGUUAACACAAAACAUGCUUUAAACAAACACACAAACAAAACCACAUAAACAAUAAUAAUAA